AUGUCUGUCACGAUAGCCCUCAGAGAUGAUAAAUUUACGGCUCAUUUUGCCGGCAUUAGGCGAAAGUGGGAAAGCGAAGGAAUUUUUAUUUUCAUAAAUUUACGGCUCAUUUUGCCGGCAUUAGGCGAAAGUGGGAAAGCGAAGGAAUUUUUAUUUUCACCGAGCGAUUCGGCCGCAGAUAUAGCACAAUAUGUGUUUGAUAACUGGCCCGAAGUGUAUUUAAGACUCGGAUAA